AUGACUUUACGACCCCACGCUAUUGCUUUUCGUCUAAAAAAUUUGUCAGAAAAUCCCCUCAAUUACAAAAAUAGCGAAAAAGAGUUAGUCUCUAUUAUCAGAGUUUUGCAAGAAUUAAUAAAGGAAGAAGAGAGAAGAACCCUCAGUAAUCAGAAAAUAGCCGCAAUUUCUUCUGCCUUGGAAAAUGUUAAGCAAAAGAAAGACGAUUUAAGGAAAAAUGAAAUGGAACGACGCCAACUCGGCUUUGUGCGGGGCGUGGAUUUAAAUAAAUCGGAAAUUAAAGACUUUAAAAUUACUAACAACACUAUUUAUUUUCCCCUUACUGCUAUUUCCGGUAUUGGGGAAAAAGUGGCUGAAAAAAUUGUUAACUAUCGAAAAGAAAAAGGCCCCGUUACCGGUAAUUGGUCAGAAGAAUUAAAAGAGACACUAAACACUAACCAUUUGGAGCAGUUAUCUAACCUCCAAAAAUACGACCUAUUAAUUAAUUUGUAA